AUGCACUGUAGUAGAGAUGAGGGAGCACAUGUCUGGCUGCGGGAGCAGGACCAGUUACAGCCCUGCACUGUUGGCUCCUGUGCGGAUGGGUCAGCGCUCUUUACUUCAGACUAUGGCCAGGUGUUCUGCUAUCCAAAGGCCUCUGUCCCCAGAGACAAGGUUCUGCCAAUGCAUCAAUCGAGUAUGGAGGGGGUGGAGGACAUGUCCACACUGGGAGACCUGCACGAGGCUGCCAUCUUGCUCAAUCUUUACCAGCGCUACCAACAGGACCAUAUCUACACAAACAUUGGUUCCAUCUUGGUCUCGGUGAACCCCUACAAACCCAUCCCUGGCCUGUAUGAUGCAGCAGCCAUUGACCUGUACCGACAGCACUGCCUGGGCGAGCUGCCGCCCCACAUCUUCGCCACGGCUAGUGAGUGCUACAGCUGCCUGUGGAGGCGUCACGACAGCCAGUGUAUCCUCAUCAGUGGGGAGAGUGGAGCUGGAAAGACGGAGAGCACCAAAUUGUUGCUGAAGUUUCUGUCUGCUGUGAGCCAGACCUCGCUGGGUGGCCCCGCGUCAGAGAAGAGCACGCACGUGGAGGAGGCCAUCAUGGAGAGCAGCCCAAUCCUGGAAGCUUUUGGAAAUGCCAAAACUGUUUAUAACAACAAUUCUAGCCGCUUCGGCAAAUUCAUUCAGCUGCACUUUUCCCAGAAUGGGCAUAUCCAGGGAGGGAGAGUCACUGACUAUUUACUGGAGAAGAAUAGAGUUGUUCACCAGAACCCGGGAGAACGUAAUUAUCAUAUCUUCUAUGCCUUGCUAGCUGGUGUCAGUGGGGAACAAAAAGAAGCCCUGGCCCUGCUGGAGCCCAAGAGCUAUCGUUACCUAAACCAGUCUGGCUGCAUAACCAAUGAAAACCUCGAUGAUAACGAGAUGUUCAGCAAGGUCAUGACUGCUCUUGAAGUGAUGGGAUUCAGCUCUGAAGAGAUCAGAGACAUCUUCAAGCUUCUGUCUGGAAUUCUGCAACUUGGAAACAUUGAGUUCAUGACUGCAGGUGGAGCUCAGAUCGCAACAAAUGCAGUGUUGAAUAACGUCAGUGAGCUGCUUGGCUUGGACACCUUCCAGUUGUCUGAAGUGCUCACCCAGAGAUCCAUGUUUCUACGGGGGGAAGAAAUCAGCUCUCCCCUCACUGUGGAACAGGCUGCUGACUCCAGAGACUCGCUCGCCAUGGCUCUUUAUUCGCAGUGCUUCUCAUGGAUUAUUAGCAGGAUUAACUCCAAGAUAAAAGGGAAAGAAAACUUUAAGUCUGUGGGGAUCCUGGAUAUCUUCGGUUUUGAGAACUUCCAGGUGAAUCGCUUUGAGCAGUUUAACAUUAACUAUGCAAACGAGAAGCUCCAGGAAUACUUCAACAAGCACAUAUUCUCCUUGGAGCAACUUGAGUACAACAGAGAGGGGAUAAGCUGGGAAGCCAUUGAUUGGAUGGAUAAUGCAGAGUGCUUGGAUCUUAUUGAGAAGAAACUUGGCUUGUUGGCACUAGUUAACGAAGAAAGCAGAUUCCCCAAAGGCACCGAUAGCACGCUCUUGGAAAAACUCCACAGCCAGCAUGGGAACAACCAAUAUUACAUGAAACCACGAGUGACAGACUUCCAGUUUGGGAUCCAACAUUAUGCUGGAGAGGUUCUCUAUGAUGUGAGGGGCUUUCUGGAGAAGAACAGGGACACUUUUCGAGAUGAUAUUUUAAAUAUGCUCAAGGACAGCAGGCUGGAUUUCAUCUAUGACCUCUUUGAAAGAGUUUCAAGCUGCAGUAGUGAAGACACGUUGAAAAUGGGAACUCAGAGGCGCAGGCCAACUGUCAGCUCUCAGUUCAGGGACUCUUUACAUUCCCUGAUGGCCACACUCAGCGUUUGCAACCCGCUAUUCAUCCGCUGCAUCAAACCCAAUCUGGAAAAGGCACCAGAUCUUUUCAGUCCAGGUGUGGUGCUGAAACAAUUGCGGUAUUCUGGCAUGCUGGAGACGGUGAAGGUUCGAAGAGCAGGCUUUCCUGUACGGCGGCUCUUCCAAGACUUCCUCCUCAGAUACAAGAUGCUCUUGAAGAAUUGGAACAACCCGGACAGUGCAAAGGCCGCAUGUGCAGCCCUCCUGCAGACUUAUGACAGCACUCAGAGAGAAUGGAAGCUGGGGAAAACCAAGGUUUUCCUGAAGGAGGCUCUGGAGCAAAAACUGGAGAAGGCCCGGGAAGAGGAGCUGAAGAAGGCGGCGACCAUCAUCCGAGCCCACGCCCUGGGCUACAUGGCAAGGAAGAGGUAUCGGAGGGUGCUAGCCAGUGUCGUGACCAUCCAAAAGAACUACCGUGCUCACUACUGGAAGAAGUAUCUCCUGCGCCUGAAGGCCUCUGCCAUUGUCCUGCAAAAAUACUGGCGAGGACAGCUGGCUCGCAGUCUCUACCGGCACCUGCUACAGGAAGAACAGAGGCGGAAACAGGAAGCUGAGGAGCAGAGGCGGCAAGAGGAAGAGAGGAUUAGAAAGGAGGAAGAGGAAAGACAAUGGCAAGAAGAGAGGGCGCGUAGGAGGGAGGAGGAGGAGAAAAGAGAAAAGGAGCAGCUGGAAGCCGCGCUGCAGAUGGCUCAGAGGGAAGUGCUCAGGACCCAAGAGGAGGACCAGCCAUUGCAGGUGCAGGAACAGCAUCAAAUGGAGGAGAUUUUGCGGCUGGAGAGGGAGAUUGAGAAGCUGCAGUGGCAGCAGAAGGCGGAGCACAUCUCAGUCACCUGUGAAAACACCAAAAACGAGAUAAAGCGGCAACGGGAAGAAGAGAUACAGAGGCUGGAGAAGGAAGCAUCUAGGGUUGCACAGGAGUUCUUGGAGCUGCUGGAUUUUGGGAACCUAGAUGAGAGUGUGCAAGGCUUGGGGCGUUCCCUCUCUAAUGAAGGAACUCUCAACAUUGAGUACAGCCUUGUGGCUCCCCUGGCUGAGGAAGAAGAAGAUGAAGGUUUUCCUGCUGAUGAAGAGGGCCCACCCGUCCCCAGCCCAAGUCUGUUGAACCAGGACAGCAGUGCCAGAACCAGUGAUAACUACUACUCCGAGGAAGAUACGUCUCCAAACAUGCCAGCGCCUGGGGAGGGGGAAGAUGGGGAUCUCCACUCUCUGGACCUUUCUAUGGAGAGACCUGCAAGCCCCCAGAAGCAGCUUGUGGAAAGCAUCUGCCACACCAUUGUGGAAAACCUGCAAGCUGUCAAUGGGGAGGUGGAAGAACCCAUUUAUAGCUUGCCUCCAGACGUGGAGUCCGACUACGACCACGAGGAGUUUGAUGGCAGUGGGGAUGUUGGCAGCACAUCAGCUGAGCCACUGAAUGGGGAAGAGUCCUUGCAUCAUUCUCAUAGCAAUGGUGUGGACUCCAACCGUGGAAGUUUGGACUCGUUUCUAGAUAGUGAGGAUGAAGGAGAUGCUUACAUGGACACAGAUGAAGAGUUCUGCAUCAGCCGGGUCAGCAUACUCAGCGGCUCAGGACCAGCCUAUUUUCACAGCUAUCUCUACAUGAAGGGGGGCCUGAUGAACCCCUGGAGGCGGCGUUGGUGCGUCUUGAAGAAUGAGGCCUUCAUGUGGUUCCGAGCCAAGCAAGAAGCCUUGAAGUCAGGCUGGCUUUACAAGAAAGGAGGAGGCAUGUCCACGCUAUCUCGCCGGAACUGGAAGCGGCGCUGGUUUGUGCUGAGAGAGGCCAAGCUGAUGUACUUUGAGAAUGACAGUGAAGAGAAGCUGAAAGGAACAAUUGACAUCCGAAAGGCCAAGGAGAUUGUGGAUAUUCAUGAGAAGGAGAAUGCCCUGGACAUUGUGACAAGCGACCGGGUUUACCACAUAGUGGCAGAGUCACCCGAGGAUGCCAGUGACUGGUUUAAUGUCCUAAGCCGUGUGCACAGCGCUACAGAGGAGCAACUGAGGGAGAUGCAGGAUGAGCAAGCUAACCCCAAGAAUGCUGUGGGAACCCUGGAUGUGGGUCUCAUUGACUCCGUCUGUGCUUCUGACAAUCCUGACAGGCCAAACUCCUUUGUGAUCAUCACAGCCAACCGAGUCAUUCACUGCAACAGCGACAUCCCCGAGGAGAUGCAUCACUGGAUCUCUCUCCUGCAGAAGUCCAAAGGCGAAUCCAGAGUUGACGGACAGGAGUUUCUUGUGCGAGGCUGGCUUCACAAGGAGGUCCACAGCAGCAGCAAGAUGUCUUCUCUGAAGGUGAAGAAACGCUGGUUUGUACUGACCAACACCGCCCUCGACUAUUACAAAUCUUCGGAGCGCACGGCUACCAAGCUGGGGACCCUGGUGCUCAACAGCCUCUGCUCCGUGGUGCAGCCUGAUGAGAGAGUCUUUAAGGAAACCGGCUACUGGAACAUCACCGUGCAUGGCAGAAAGCAUUCGUACCGCCUCUACACCAAGCUAUUGAAUGAAGCCAUGCGCUGGGCCUCAGCCAUCCAAGGAGUAAUCGACAGCAAGGUUCCCAUUGAAACACCUACGCAGCAACUUAUUCGUGACAUCAGGGAAAACAGCAUGAACCCUGAAGUGGUGGAGCAGAUCUACCGAAGGAACCCCAUCUUGAGAUACACCCAGCACCCCUUGCACUCCCCGCUGCUCCCACUGCCUUAUGGGGAUGUUGGGGUCAAUUUGCAGCAAGAGAAGGGCUACAGCAGCCUCCAGGAUGAAGCUGUGAGAAUCUUCAAUUCCCUGCAGGAGCUGGAGACGGUGUCUGACCCCAUCCCCAUCAUCCAGGGCACCCUGCAGACGUGCCAUGACCUCCCGGCCCUCCGGGAUGAGGUGUAUUGUCAGCUGAUCAAGCAGACCAACCAUGUGCCGCAGCCCAACAGCCCUGGACAUCUUCACCACUGGCAACUGAUGACCUGCAUGAGCUGCACCUUCCUGCCCAGCAGGGGAAUCCUGCGUUACCUCAAGUUCCACCUCAGAAGAGUAAAAGAUCUCUUCCUGGGCACAGAAGUAGACCGGUAUUCUCAGUUCAUCAGCGACUCCCUGAAGAGAACCAAGAGCAGGGAGUUUGUCCCUUCCCAGGAGGAAAUACAGGCUCUCAUCACCCGGGAGGAAAUGACCACCACAGUCUACUGCCAUGGAGGGGGCUCCUGUCAAAUCACGAUCAAUUCCCAUACGAGUGCAGGAGAGGUGGUAGAGAAGCUGAUCCGAGGACUGGCCAUGGAGGACAGCCGGAACAUGUUUGCCCUCUUUGAGCGCAACAAGCAUGUGGACAAGGCCAUUGAGAGUCGAGUGAUCGUGGCCGAUGUUCUGGCCAAGUUUGAACGGCUUGCUGGGUCCAUGGAAGAGGAAUUGGAUGGGCCCUGGCAGCUGUAUUUUAAACUGUAUUGCUUCCUGGAUGUUGAAAAUGUUCCCAAGGAGGGAGUGGAAUUUGCCUUCAUGUUUGAGCAGGCGCACGAAAGUCUAAUUGACGGCCAUUUCCCAGGCCCAGAGGAGACGCUGCAGCACCUGGCAGCGCUGAGGCUGCAGUACCUGUAUGGGGACUAUUCCAGAAUCUCCUGGUCCCUGGACAGCAUCUACCCAGUGAACCGGCUGAAGUCCAAGAUACUGCAGUCCAUGAAGAGCAGUGGCCCCAGCAGCCAUGCCCUGGAAAGGAGGCGGACCAGCUUCCUGGAGGGAACGCUGAAGCGCAGCUUCAAGGCCGGCUCCAUGAAGAAGCAAAAGGUGGAAGAGGAGCAGAUGAUGGAGAUGUGGGUGAAAGAGGAGCUGUCAGCCGCUCGGGCCAGCGUGGCAGAGAAGUGGAACAAACUGCAGGGCUUGCUCCAGCAGCAGGCUAUGGUGGCUUAUAUGGCCAUCAUGAAGGAAUGGCCAGGCUAUGGCUCCACUCUCUUCGAUGUUGAGUGUAAGGAAGGUGGCUUUCCAAAUGACCUCUGGCUCAGUGUUAGCACAGAGAAUGUUUCUGUGUACAAGCGGGGAGACCCCAAACCUUUAGAAACUUUCCAGUACGAACACAUUGUUUUCUUUGGAGCUCCCCAGCCCAAUACCUUCAAGCUGACAGUGGAUGAGAGAGAGAUGUACUUUGAAACUGCCCAGGUGGGAGAGAUCAUUAAAAUUAUGAAAGCCUACAUCAAUAUGAUUGUGAAGAAAUGCUGCAGUGUUAAAUCAGCUAGCAGCCUGGACAGCCGUGCAAGUAUCUGGACAAGAUGA